AUGACGGAUCGGAAAAUCACGGGGUUAAACAUAAGAAGAAAUGCAAAAACGAAGAGGAAAAUCCCCGAGACGCUCUGCCGCGUCGCCACGCAAAGAAACGGCCUCGUGACCCCCUUUCACACCCACCCAAGCACCCCGGUGGGUUCGCGGUGGCCGCCCAGCGCCGGGACUCGUGCUGUUGGCGCCGAGGAAAGCUGUCCUUCGUCCCCGGCAGGAGAGCGUCCUGCUGUCACGCUGCCCGUCCGUCCGUCCAUCCCUCGCACCCUGCCGCUGUUUGGACCUCUGCGUCACACGGCGCUGUCGAGGCGUGGGCCACAGCACGGCAGCCCCCUCGCCCUCGGAGCCGGGCCGGCUUCUGCGGUGAAGCUUUUGGGGAGAUCGAGGACCGCGGUGCCGAGCCACGCCGACGACGUCAACCGGGCGGACGCGUCAGAUGGGCGAGCUGUCUUCCGGAGAGACCCGGACCGGCGAGCGAGAGCUGUACGACGGCUAACGAAGACAAAGACGAGGUCGGAGCCCCGGAGCCCGGGGUGGGCUGGGAACCGGCUGGCCGGGGAGCCGCCUUGCGGAGAAGGACCCCGGGGGUCUCGGCGGACGACAAGCGGCGUGCCGGGCGGCGGCGAAGGCAGAUGCGGUCCUGGGUGCCACAAGGUGCAGGAGUCUCUGCUGAGCUCGGCCAGCGGCUACAGCAACUACCGGGGCAUCCUCAACUGGUGUGUGGUCAUGCUGGUCUUGAGCAACGCCCGGCUCUUCCUGGAAAACCUCAUCAAGUACGGGAUCCUGGUGGACCCCAUCCAGGUGGUCUCCCUCUUCCUCAAAGACCCCUACAGCUGGCCCUCCCUCUGCCUCAUCAUUGCGGCCAACGUCUUUGUGGUGGUGGCCCUGGCCCUGGAGAGACGGCUGGCAGCGGGCUCCCUCUCGGAGGGGGCGGGGGCCGCCCUGCACACCCUCAACCUGCUGGCCAUCCUCUGCUUCCCCGCCGGCGUCGUGCUGGUGGUCACCUCCAUCACCCCAGUGGGGGCCGUCUUCACCCUGGCCAUCUACACCAUCGUCUUCCUCAAGCUCUUCUCCUUCAGGGACGUCAAUAAGUGGUGUAGGGAGAGGAGGGAGGUGAAAACAGCCCCCCCGGCCCCCGAGGACAGCUCGGCACCAGCCAAGAAAGCCAACGGGGACGUGGGGAGGAACGAGGUCACCUACCCGGCCAACCUCACCUACAGAAAUCUCUACUACUUUCUCUUCGCGCCCACCCUGUGCUACGAGCUGAACUUUCCCCGCUCCCCCCGCGUCCGCAAGCGUUUCCUCCUCCGGCGCCUCUUUGAGAUGCUCUUCUUCAUCCAGCUGCUGGUGGGGCUGAUCCAGCAGUGGAUGGUGCCCACGAUCCAGAACUCCAUGAAACCAUUUCGGGACAUGGAUUAUUCCCGGAUCAUCGAGCGGCUCCUGAAGCUGGCCGUCCCCAACCACCUCAUCUGGCUCAUCUUCUUCUACUGGUUCUUCCACUCCUGCCUCAACGUGGUGGCCGAAGUGAUGCAGUUUGGGGACCGGGAAUUUUACAGGGACUGGUGGAAUUCGGAGUCGGUGACCUAUUUCUGGCAGAACUGGAACAUCCCCGUCCACAAGUGGUGUCUCAGGCAUUUCUACAAGCCCAUGCUAAAGCGGGGGGCCAGCAAGUGGGCAGCCCAGACGGCCGUUUUCCUGGCGUCUGCCUUCUUCCACGAGUACUUGUUGAGCGUCCCCCUGAAGAUGUUCCGGCCCUGGGCGUUCAUGGGGAUGGCGGCUCAGAUCCCGCUGGCCUGGUUCGUCUCCAAAUUCCUCAGGGGUAACUACGGGAACGCGGCCGUCUGGAUGUCCCUGAUCAUCGGCCAGCCCAUCGCCGUCCUGAUGUACGUGCACGACUACUACGUGCUCAACUACGAAGGCGACCAGUGAGGCGGUGGGCCCACGGCCCCUCCCUCCCCGGUGGACCCCGCUGGGGCGCGCGGACCCCCUCAGACCGUGCCGGUGCCGCCGUCGCUGUCCUUGCGAAUCGAAUGUCGGAUCAAUGCAAUACCCCCCGGGGCACGGCGG